AUGUUCGGGAAGCAGAAGCCAGGCGCCGACUCUGGCGGCGGCGGCCGCCGCAACACGCGCUCGCGCAAGGUGUCGCAGCGCAUGGCCGUUGUCGAUGAGUCGUCGCGGAAGCAGGCGGUGCAGGCGCGGCUCGACGCGCUGGAGGCUGACAACAACGAAGCGCAGGACCCUUUCGGGCUCGGGGAGGACGACGACGACGAGUUCAUCAUCGCAUCAGAUGGGGAUGAAGAGCUGGAGUUGGGCGGCAAGCGCAAGCGCAAGGGGGCUGGCGGCCCCAAGCGCAAGACGCGCGCGAUGAAGGCGGACAGCAAGGUGCCCAAGACCUUUGCAAGGCUCCUGGAGGACAGCGGCAUCGAGUCGGCGCCCUCUGGCGUGCCGACCUACCUCACAGCGGCGGUCGGCCCAACCACUCUGCACGCGGCGCGCAAGUUCUGCACUGUCUGCGGCUUCGAGUCACCGUGA